UGUAUCUUGGUGGGUGAUGUGCAAAUUUGACAGGAAGUAAGCAAAGCAAGAGCUAACAGUGAGCAGCCACGUCAUGUAAACUUAACUAAGGAAGAAAACGCUUAAGCAGAGUGUAGAUAUCGAAACCAACUAUUCAUAAACGGAGCUAAUCGGAGUAUUUUCUUUUUUUGGAGGACAUUCAUUCGGCAGUGUUUAUUUUGGCCGAUAUCAUAUGGAAAGAUGUCUGACAUCGGGGACUGGUUCAAAAGCAUACCGUUCAUCACCCGGUAUUGGUUUGCUGGGUCAAUUGCUGUUCCCUUGAUAGGGAAAUUGGGAUUGAUCAGUCCUAAGUACCUUGUUUUAUGGCCUGAGUAUUUCUUUCACAAAUUUCAGAUAUGGAGACCGUUGUCCUCGACACUCUACUUCCCUGUGGGUCCAGGGACUGGCUUUCUCUACCUGGUCAAUCUGUACUUCCUCUACCAGUACUCCACUAGACUAGAGACAGGUGCGUUCGAUGGGCGACCAGCUGACUAUGUGUUCAUGCUGCUCUUCAACUGGAUCUGCAUCGUUAUAACUGGCUUAAUGAUGGACAUGCAGCUCCUGAUGAUCCCGCUGAUCAUGUCUGUGUUGUACGUGUGGGCCCAACUCAACAGAGACAUGGUCGUGUCCUUCUGGUUUGGUACACGCUUCAAGGCAUGUUAUCUACCUUGGGUUAUACUGGGCUUUAACUACAUAAUCGGUGGCUCGGUUGUCAAUGAGUUGAUCGGGAACUUGGUGGGCCAUCUCUAUUUCUUCCUCAUGUUCAAAUACCCCAUGGAUCUGGGAGGCCGGUCUUUACUGUCCACACCAGAAUUCCUGUACCGCUUCCUCCCCAACAGGAGAGGGGGGGUGUCAGGAUUUGGAGCCCCUCCAAGCAGGAGACCUGCUGCCCAGGAGCAGCAGGGGGGUGGGAACGAGGGUGGUGGUGGUGGCGGCGGCGGCGGAAGAGGCCGUCACAACUGGGGCCAUGGAUUCCGCCUUGGAGAUGACUGAACGGGCAGAGGCGGGUCUCUGGGGCUGUCACCCAACUCUGCAGGUAGCAGGACAAAGAGACUGUUGACGCCCAAGUUCUCCUUCCAGAAGACCACUGCUGCGGACCUCCAGAUGAUGCAUAAACAGAAACAUGGAUUUUAUACUCUAGUCUCUUCCCCCCCCCUCCUUUUUUUCUCCCCCAUCCUUUGGACUGGUUCAGAAAUGAUGUUGCAGCUGCAGACAAACCAGCAUGUUGUUAUUUUGUUCCUGCGCUCUCACAAGAUGCCAUAUCAGAUUACACUGUAAUUAACCAGUUGCUCUGUGUGUGUGCGCGUGUGUGUGUAUGUGCAGCCACAUUCAGCCUUUAUAGAAGAUUGCAUUGUUUGUUGUGGCAUGAGGAGAGCCUAUACGCCCAUCCCUCCUCCACUGCUGCGUUCACUCACACGUUCGUCUCUGUAUAAAAAGGCUCAUAUAAACUCCAUUCAUAACCGGUUUCCAUUUGUUGACCGUGCUGUUACGGUGUUUGUGUUGCCAUGUCAUGCCUGAUUCUUAUAUUGUUUGAGUUACAAACACGAUAAAAUGAUUCUUACACACAUAGCAUUCUAAAACUCCUAUAAAUAGAGCGCAGUGUGAGAUGAACAGAAAUUCAUCUGAGAAGGUUUUAUUUGCCAUCAUGCUGGGGUAGAGCAUGCCACACAAGUGGUCAGGUUGUCCUAGUGCAGCUGUAAACAUGGUAGAUUGCUGGCUACAAAGUUUGUCAAAUAAAACGGCAACACUGGCUAGGAUUCCCUCCUUUACUUUGCACCACAGAAAAGCAACUUAAAUGAAACCGUGAGAUUUCACUGAUGCCAUGCAAAUGUGUGUGAUAAGAUAUUGAACUGUGAAAGAAUAUGAAUCAACAAGAUGCUUGGUGAUUGAUUUGUGUCCACCAAUAUUUUAGAUUAGGACGUCAUCAGCAUCUGUUGUAUUGCUACAUGCCCCGAGGUUAAGAAUGGUACCAACAGAUGGACAGUGACCAUCGACACUUGAGUUGCCUCAGUUGCAUAGCUUAUGAUUGCUGUCUGCUUGUUUCCUAUGGGAUGGGUCUGUGCCUUCUUCUGUUGACUUUUGUACAAUAGUAUUUUGUACUUCAAUAAACAGAAGGAUGCAUCUCUGGUCAA